UUUGUGCUGCACUUCUGCUACUGUGUAAGAUGAGUGGCAUGAUGUACAGCUAUCCUUGCUGUUGUUAAAAAAACAUAACAGCAUUCAUUUACUAAGAACAAUAAACUCAAACCAGCAUGGAGGCAUCUGAUCCACCGUGGUGAGCCCUGAAAGGGAACAGCCAAAAAAGAAGAAGAAGAAAAUCAAAAACAAUAACACUGAGACCUGCUAUUCAGGUUCAGCUACCGUUGUAUUUACUUCCAUUCCACAAAACUGAACAACUGCUUUUAUUAUGUCUCCUGUACAGUAAUUUGUUGCUAUUAUAUCUGACAACCGUUGAACUAGUUGUCUGAAGCGUAUGCGCCUAAGUGAACAUAAACAUCUCUGCUACUUACUGAGCUGCCAUUCGUCUCACUCACUGAAAUUUCAGGAGCCAAAGAUGUUGCAACUUGUCCCUGAAAGGCAGAGAGAGCGAGAGAGAGUGAGAGGAGGUUUGGGGCAUGUCUGAAAAAGACUGCAGGAUGUAUGUGGUUGGAGAAGAGAUGACAAAUACAGUAAAUAGUGAUGGGGUGAUACUAUUAAUCCUGUGAGAAACAAAUCAUAGGUUUUUUGUUUUUUUAGGCCAUAAACCUACAUCUGUUUAGAUGUCAUGUGACUGGGAAAAGAGGGGAAGAUGAUUGGAGGGAAAGGGAAGAAAGCUAAGGUGAGCCCACCUCCACCGCUCAAGUCUUACCUUUCCUCUUCAGGCAACACCUUGUACCUGGGCUGAGCACCUCAGCAGCAAACAGCAGCUCUGACAACCAAGUGGAUGCAUCUGCUGGACAAUCGUAGCUCUUUAAUUUUCUCUUCUAUUUGUACCCUGGACCUUGGAAUGCAUUUCACAUUUCUACCAGCAAACCUCUAGAAGUCAACCAGACCCUUUUCAGUGGACUGACGUUAAAUAUUGGACUUGGACAUGUUUGGCGCAGGGCAGCUGGUAUCCUCUCUCCUUCCUGCAGUUUUCCAUUCACCUGCAGCUCAUUUUUUUCCUGCCUUCCCAGCCAGACUGGGCUCUCAACCUCAGUUCCUGAUCCCGGGGCCUUUUAUCAGCUACGAAUCCCUGAGGAAUUAUCUGCAGCCAGAGCUAUGCAAGGAAGCUUUGCUAAUGGCCACACAGGCGGUCAGGAUUGGGCCACUCACAGAGAGCAUAGAUGAACAGAGGCCAGUGAAGCAGCGUCGUGCACGGGCCAACUACAGCAGCUGGCAGCUGGAGGAGCUGGAGAAGGCGUUCGAGACCACCCACUACCCGGACAUCUUCAUGAGGGAAGCCCUGGCCCUCAGACUGGACCUUAUUGAGGCCAGAGUCCAGGUUUGGUUUCAAAACCGCCGUGCAAAAAUGAGACGGCAACUGAAACUCCAGGGCCAGUGUCCAGGGCCUUAUGUAAAAAGGGACAACGAUGAAACAUCUCCAAAAGCGAGCAAGAGUUUAAAACACACAGAGAGAUCGGACGGUGAGCACUGGGAGAAACAACAGGAAGCUGAAGGUUAUCCAUGGACAACCCAGAAGUUGGGGAAGUGGGAGAGGCCGGAGGGGCCGAGCUCAGAGGAGCUCCGCUCCUGCAGCAUUGCUAAGCUGCGGGCCAAAGCCAGAGAGCACGAGGCUGAGAUCCAAGGCAAUGUAAGCAUGUCAGGAGGCACCAAACUGUCACAAACACAGGAAACUGAUGCCACGCACAAUGACUGAUCAUUUUCAAUCUUCCUGUUUAUACAUGAGUUGGAACUUUUGGGGGAAGUGGAACUUAAAUAUUUAGCCGUCAUUAGCUGAA